GCAAUGAUGGCGGCAGCGGGAUGCGGAUCAGCAACCGCGGCUGCCGUAGGAGGCCAAGGUGGAACUGCAACGGCCAGAGGUCGUUUCCCCGGUCGGCCUUGGUCGUCACGAAGUCGUUUGCGGUCUGAGAAGCGAUGGCAACUCGGGCGAUCAGGCUUAGAAGCUGAUGAUGUGACUAACGGAGGGCCAAGGCCCGCAAACCUGGUUCUGUCCUUAAACGAAGACCAGUCUCACUUGCGCUUACUUGGGAUAGAGGCGAGCCACAAGAUCCUUGGCCAGGCUGGAUACAGCUCUAGUGGGAGUGAAGAGGUGAGGUCCCAAACCGACCCAGGAGGAGAUGACUUCAGAGGAUUUGAAGCUGAGAGAAAAAGCUCCAAAGGGCCUGUAUGGUCUCGACAAAACCCUUCCAAAGGUGAUGCUGUCAACACAAAAUCUAAACGACAAGGUGAGAAGCUACAGCUUAAAACGCCAGCAGUGGAGGCAGCUAUUACACCACCUGAUCCUGUAAAAGAUGUAAAAUCAUUGGAGGAAGUUCACGGCUUAUCCCCUGAAGCAGAGCCUGCAAAGGAUUGCAGGAAAAUUUCAAAAGGAAAAAACACUAUGGAUCGACAGUCCACUAAAAGCGGAGCUUCAUCAGCAGCACCAAGGAUUACUAUAAAGUUAGUGGCCAAAAAGAAAAUGAAAACUGUAAAGGAGCCUCAUAAAAAAUCUGUGAAGAAGUUGAAGAUAAAAGGAAUUCAGGAUCAGUCUAAAACCAAGGACAUUCAGGGUGACCAGAUUUCAAGCGCUCACGUCAAAUUAAAAACUGAACCACAUGAGGAUAAACAUGGCACAGAAGAUAAGGGAGGGGGGACUGUACCUGCAAGAAGGCGUGGGAGAUCUGCUUCAAAGACAACAGAGCCUGUCUGCCAGACUAGUGCCAAAAUUGUUGUUGAUGACCAAAAAUCAAAAGAGAGAAAAUCAGCAGAUCGAUUUGACACUGCAAAGGAGAGCGUGACAGAAGAGCAAAAAACAAAUGCAAAGAAAUUAAAGCAUAAGGAACUUGAAACAGAGCAAAGUUCUGAAGUGAAUCAACAAGUUAUUCGUAGGAGCAAUAGAGUCACUAACCCACUCUCAAAAAGCAUCUCGGACAGUGCAGCUGAACCAGAGAGUCUGAGCAAAAGUGAUGCCAUUCUGGUGGAGUCAAAAUCAGAAGUUUCUAGAGCAGUGGAGGCCAAACCAUUGUUGAGAGGUGACAGACGAAGACAAAGCAAGAGGCUGAAUAAGGAUGUUACAGUGCCAGAAAACCACGGUCCAUCAUCCACAGAGACAGAUAAUUUAGCUGAACAGCCCAGUGAUAGUUUGCCUCUGAAAAAAGAGGAAAUGAGGGUUCCGAGUUUAAAGUUUAUACGGAUCAGAAACCCAAAAUAUGAUGCACAGGCCAGUGGGAAGAAUUCAGCUCGAAAGAAAAAACGGAGAAAAUUUGUCUGGACUUUAACAUUGGUGAAGGGAGCAAGUCAGACACGGAGUACUGAAAACACUGUCAAAGUAGCAGAGAAGACGUUGAGUGAAGUGGAUCAGUCCACUUUUUGCGACACAAGUAGCAACAAGAGUUUGAAUUGCAUGGAUAAAAAAUCAAAACUGGAUAACUCAGCCCCACAAGAGAGAAGCACAGACAAUGAGUGUUCCCAAAACAAGGCUGACAUGUCAUUUGAGGAAAAGUCCACUUUACAGGUGGAAGUGGAAGUGGAACAUGUACCUGAAACACCUCCUCCAGAAAUGAUUAAAACAGAUUGCGGGAAAUUUGUCCCACCUCUUCAGAUCAAAAAGGUCUCCUCUCCUGGUAAAAAUAAAAGCUCGAAGCCAUCCUUUUUAAUUCAGCAAGUUAGUCCUGUGACUGAAAAGACAGAAGAUGUUCUGAAAGAUCUAAGCGAAGUUAAUGAGGAUAAACUGUCAUGUUUGGAGGCUGAAGUUGCACCAACUAGGAGACUAAGGAGGAGGACAUCAAGCCUUGGUUCACCACAAACAAAGUCUGUCAGGCAUAGGCCAGUGACCACUCAGAAACGGAGACCUAAAACGAGUCCACAGGAUAAAGAUACUCUGCAGGUGCACGUUGAAGAUUCUUCUCAGGUUUCAACUGAAGAUUCCAGCUCACAUGUUCUUCCUGAAAACUCUCGUCAGGUUUUGGCUGAGGACCCCUCACAGGUGACAAGUUUAAACUCCACUGGAGUUCCUAAUGGGGAGUCCUCAAAGAUCGCUGACAAUCCUUCACGGGUGCCAGGUGAAAUUUCUUCACAGAAGGUGGAGAAUGAGGUAGAACCACAGAUCAUAGAGGCCAAACCAUUGCCUGUGCCUUCAAAACCGAAAAGAUGUAGAAAUAAUAAAUUAGGGAAAAAGAAGUCUGCUCAAAAGAAUAAGGCUGUUGUCUCCCCUGAAACUGCCGUCAACGCAGAGUUGGCUACAGUUGAAGCUAUUAGCACAGAGUCUUUACUAAAGGAAGAUAUUCAGCCUUUAGUAACGGAGGUAAGUCAGCCAGAAACAAAAGAUUGCACCCAGUCAGAGGCAAAACCAGACUCUUUGUCAGUGGAAGAAGAACAGAUACAGCCACCGGUAAAAGAGGAAACAGACAUUCAGCUGAUAGAUAGUCAAGAAUCUUUGGUGUCAGAAAGUCAAGCAAGUGAUCCAAAAACGUGCCUGCAAAAGAAAUCUCUCAAAAAAGUAAAAAAGAGACGUAAAAGUUUGAUUGGGCAGCGUCAGAAACACAGGCACAGGAGCAGAGAUGGGAAGUUUGCUCCACUUAUAUUAUCUGAUAGUCAGAAAAUUGUUGAAGGGGAUAGUGACAUUUCCAACCCAUUGGCAGCUACCAUACCAGCCCCCAGCUCCAAACUUAUUGGGGUACAUAAAAAGUACACAAAGAGACAGUCAGGCCUUCAGUUUUUCACCUCUAAAAGGCCACAACCACAAUCGAAAAUAAUUUCUGAACUGAUAGAAAUAGGGCUUGAAAAAGAUAGUUUGAAGCAGGAAGAAACAGACACAUUAGUUGAUGGGGGACAGGCAGACGUAGAUACCCAACCUGGUAAAUCAAAGUUUGUAAAAAAUAUCAAGCACUUCAUUAUGCCUGUCGUAAGUGCCAGAUCCUCACGAGUGAUCAAGACCCCGCAAAGGUUUAUGGAUGAUGCUGGAAUGUCCGUACUGCCUAGAAGAAACUCUCCAAAGAAGUGUGCACAACUGGGCUUGCAAAUACGUCCAGGAAAGAGGCGAGAUGAUGGGACAGACAGAGCAAUAUCCCCUAUCCUGCCAGUUGACGAGGAGGACAUAUUGAGUGAAGCUCAACUGGAUGUAGAUCUGUUUUCAGCUAAGGACCUAGAUGACAACAUUGAUAUAGCUGACAGCCUAUUUUCUGAGGGAAAAGGAGGAAAAAGUGAAAAGAGGAGGUCUCUUCUAAAGAACUCUAGUUUCAAGUGGCAUGGGCCAGAAGAGUCUAGCGAGGAAGUGUAUACACUGGACAAAACUCCAGAGAACAAAUGUGAGGAUCUGUUUUUAUCUACACCAGUUGAUAAGCCCACAGAACUAUCUACUGACCUCCUGGAUGCUCAGAAAAAGAAAAGUUCCCCUAAGCUUAAUAAACAAAUGGCUCACCUCAAGAUUUAUCAAAGGCUAAAGAAGGUGCACACAGGUUUUCCCAAAAGCAAAAAUACAACAGAAGUGGAUAGCGUGAGUAAACCUCUUCAGCCCCCUGUUGAUUUAGCAGAAGGACUCGAUGACGAGGCCAUGAGCAUCAGCCUUAGGCAAAGGAAUACAAACGUGGAGAGCGAGAAGGACAAGUCCAAGCUCAAGAUAGAAGACCUUGAUACUCCUGGAGUGGUGAGAAAAGUUUCUGUGUGUGUUAGGACUAUGAACUCCAAGUCCCUUGCAUUUCAGCACGGUAAAGAGGAGGAUUUGGCAGGGAAAGACAUUGCCCAACUUCACUCAGGAGAGCUGCAGUCAGAACAGAACUCAGGCACAGUUGAAGGCGAUUACCUUGGGUCUGUGGAGAAGGGAGCUUCACAAAGACCGCGCCUCACUGGUGCAAAUAAAAGAAUGUUCAAUCUCCUCAGGAAAGCCAAGGUCCAGCUCAUUAAAAUUGACCAACAGAAACAGCUUAAGUCAUCUGGGCUGUUAUCUGGCCCGAGUGGCGCCAGGUCUCGGGAUGUGGCCUCUAAGAGACAAAGGAGGAAGCAGCGGGUGCAGCCUGAUGCUGAUGUUCCAGUCAAGAUAGAGCCACCUCAAGGACAACCGCAGCUCAUCUCCCCGCUGUGCCAGGAGUUCCGUAGAGCGGGCGGUCCACGAAUCAAGCACGUGUGUCGUGCAGCAUCUGUGGUGCUGGGGCAGCCUCGAGCCUUGGUACCAGAUGACAUUCCCAGAUUGAGUGCCUUGCCUCUGCAUGAAAGAAGUGGUAUUUCUCCAUCAGCCGUCACUAAAGAUGUUGGGUCUCCCUCAGAAUCAGACAGUCCUGGGCUGUCAGAUCCAAAGGUCACCAAGAUCAAGAAGCCGUCGAAUUUUAUUAAAAGGAAAGGACUUGGGCCGUUUGGGUACCGCUCUCGGAGGUGUGGAGUAUGCAAAGGCUGCAACCACGAGGACGACUGUGGCAAGUGCAUGAACUGCCUUGACAAACCCAAGUUUGGUGGUCCCAAUACCAAACGGCAGUGUUGUGUGUAUAAGAGAUGUGAUCAAAUUGAAGAGAGAAAAGCACGGAGACUCAGUGGAAGAACAGCACCCAAAGGUGCCUCCAAGCGACGGAGAUCCUCUCUUAGCGGGGGUCAUUCAAGUAAUGACGAAGGGAACGAGGGUGCUGUGGACUCACCAUCUGGUCUCCAGGGUGACGGCAACAGUCCGUCAGUAAGAAAACAGCCAAAGCGUGUUGUGAAACCCCGCGUCUACUUUGACUUGGUGGACUACGACUCAGAUCUAGAUGACAAAGCUGUCUCAAGCUCUGCUUCGCCAGCCAGGAGAAGGGGUUCUGGACACCGUUUCAGUCAAGACUUUGUGUCACUGGAUGGAUUCCUUGGAGACAUUUCAGAUGAUGAAGUGAGGCAUCGAAAGCCCACUUCACACCGUGUACCACCGGGUCGACGUAAACCUGAGAAGGUUCAGACAUCUCAGGGUCCUUUGGAGCAGACUCCUCCCAGUGUCCUGGCAGCUUUGGCCCAUGGAUUUGAGCAGAGAGACGUUGAGUCCUCUAAACCUACUCACAAAAUCAGGGUUGACUUCAAGGAGGACUGUACUUUGGAAAACGUCUGGAAUAUGGGUGGUUUAAGUAUACUGACCUCUGCACCGCUCAUGCCACCCUAUGUCUGCUUCCUUUGUGCCAGUAAAGGGCAACACGAGAUGCUGUAUUGCCAAGUAUGCUGUGAGCCCUUCCACCAGUUUUGCCUUGAACCAACAGAGCGCCCCUCUGAGGAGAACAAGGAAAACUGGUGCUGUCGACGCUGCAAGUUCUGCCAUGUGUGUGGCAGAAAAAACAAGCCCUCAAAGCCUUUGCUGGAGUGUGAACGAUGCCAGAACUGUUAUCAUGCUUCCUGUCUGGGACCCAACUAUCCAAAACAAAACAAGAAGAGAAAAGCUUGGGUUUGUAUGACCUGCAUCAGGUGUAAAAGUUGUGGCGUCACACCAGGUAAGAGUUGGGAUGCUGACUGGAACCACGACAAAGGCCUCUGUCCAGACUGUUCAAAACUCUAUGAACAGGGUAACUUCUGUCCAAUCUGCUUCAAGUGCUAUGAGGACAAUGACUACGACAGUCAGAUGAUGCAGUGUGGCACCUGUAAUCAUUGGGUACAUGCCAAGUGUGAGGAUUUAACAGAUGAGCUGUAUGAGAUCUUGUCCAGCCUGCCAGAGAGUGUAGUUUAUUCAUGUCGGCCUUGCAGUGUGACCCAGCCAAGUGCCUGGAGAGAGCUGCUCUACAUUGAGCUCAGGGCUGGGGUGGAGAAGGUGCUAGCUUGUUUGCUCUCCUCCACCCUCACCCAGCACCUUGUUACCUGCUCACAGUGUGAAAAGUUGGUUGAUCCGGACAGUGGAAUAGAGGGACAGCCAGCCUGUGACCUCCGAGCUGUGGGCAAGAAAUUUGACAAGGGCCUUUAUACUACGUUGAAAAUGUUCCAUGAAGAUGUGGUUCAGGUUGUGCGCAAGAGACUUGAGCAAGAAGAGGAUCUCCCAGAGGAACAGAGACACACUGCCCUGGCACGCUCUUACUACUUAAAGCUCCUCGAGGAGGUAUUUAAUUGGUUCAACAGCCAAGACCCAAAGGUGUGGAACCCUUGUACCAAAGACUUGCCUAUGGGGAUGCUAUCCCAUGCUGUUCAUCCUCCAACAACAGAGCAUGUUUACGCUCAGUGGCAGGAGAGGGAGGAUCCCUUGUCCAGGGCUCCACUGGGGCUCCUGCAGGAUGAUAAUGGACAAAGCUUAGAUGAAAAGGAAGAGGAGGCUGUCUCUCCGAUGUCUGGGGAGCCAACAAGCCGGAACCACUUCAAAACCAGUAGGGCUGUCAGGCUCAAAUUCAAAGGGAAAAGGGGCCGGCUUUCAAAAGCUGAUCUAGACACUGGAUGGUCUAAAGAUGAUGAAAGACAGUGCUCUUUGUGCCAAAAAUAUGGAGACCUCAAGUCUAAUGAAGCAGGGAGGUUGCUGUACUUGGGUCAGAAUGAAUGGGCACAUGUCAACUGCUGUCUGUGGUCAGCUGAGGUGUUUGAAGAGGAUAAUGGCUCUCUAUUACAUGUACACAGUGCUGUCACAAGGGGGCGCUUGAUGCGAUGUGAACGAUGCAACCAGACAGGUGCCACAGUGGGCUGCUGCCUGACAUCCUGUCAAAGCAACUAUCACUUCAUGUGUGCCCGCUCCCGUCAAUGUGUGUUCCAGGACGAUAAGAAGGUCUAUUGCUACAAACAUCGACAUCUCAUCAGUGGCAGGAUGAUAACUGGUCAAGAAUUUGAAGUAAACCGCAGGGUGUAUGUGGAUUUUGAGGGAAUCAGCCUCCGCAGAAAAUUUUUGACAGGACUGGAGCCAGAACUGAUUAACGUGAUGAUUGGUUCCUUACAGAUAGACAAACUAGGUGUUCUGACAGAACUUUCAGCAAGCAAAGGAAAACUCUGUCCUGUGGGUUUUCAGUGUUCUCGUUGGUACUGGAGUACAGUUAAUCCAUUGCGCCGUUGCAAAUAUACAUGUACAGUUCGGGAAGUCCAGCCUAUUGUCCCUGAGAAACCUGUUGAGGAGAUGCCUGACCAAGGAAACAAUCACACCAUUGCACACAGCCCCUGUCCACUACCUGAAUCUGAAGCUGAAGAAACUGAUACAACAGAAUCCCAGCCCCCAAUGGAGGAAAGCUUUGUCCCUGGACCUCCCCCAAAGUCAGAUCAUGGUGCAAGGCCAAAGAUUCCCAGCUAUCCCCAAACCAGGAGACCAGCUGGAGGAAUGUCCCGACCUCUGCCAUGCCCGGGAGUAGCCCAGUUGAAACCCCACCACAUAUUAACGAUAAGUGAUCUGGAGGAGACUCGAAGGGCUCGUCGCCACAGCCCACACUCGCAGACAACAGGCCUCCGCAGUCGCAUGUCCCCCCCCCCUUUGGGCCCUCUGACUGGACCAAUCACCCUUCGUGCUGGAAAAUCCUCACUUCCCACUUCUCCACUGUUCCCACCUGCUACAGACAACUUGAUAAGUUCUCCAUCAUCCCGCCCAGUCGGAGGUAGAAGUGCUUCCUCAGUCCGAUGCCCUGGAAAUACAACAACCCAUUGUGCCUCAUCUUUAUUCCCACAGUCUCCCUGGCAGGACAGUGCAGGAAACUUUCCUUCUCCAAGUCUGUCUUUCUCUUCAUCCAUACAUUUACCCAGGACUCGAUUGUCAUUUGAUCUGAGCCAGUCAGACUCAGUUGAGGUGCCGCACAACUUCUUAGCUUCACCAGAGCCUGACGAUGUCUCUCCAGCUAAUGGUACUUCACCCCAGGGGGAUUUAGACCAACAGAAGGAUGAAGAAGAAUUUCCCUACAGUUCAUUCCACAAAGAUCCCAGCAUGAGUCUGGGCCAAGAGAUGAGGACAGAACUGGAGAUUGAAGAGACACUCGUGAAUGAAGGUGUAGCAAUGAACUGUGGGGGGCAGAUAGUGGUGGAGGGUGAUGACCAGGAGGAAUUUUGGGGAAGAGCCCAAGACCUACACAAGAGGAAGACGCUUGUUGCCAACCUGCCACGAUCUACAGCCUCAGCCAGGGAAGACUUGGAAAACACCUCCUCUGAUGAUGAUAUGGAGCACUAUUUUGACUUCUCACGGACAAUAGUCAGUCGUCCUGGAUCAAAAGAUCUUUCCAAAUCUUCCUCCUCCCCCUCCCCCCGGCCUAUGGCUCAGCUGGAUGGUGUUGAUGACGGCACAGAGAGUGAUGCAAGUAUAGCGACCAAGGAUGAUGCUCAGAAACUCGAGGGUUCUACUCAAGCUCGGAUACAAGGCAAAAACCUAAAUAAUAAGAGUGUCCCAGAAAUGGAAACUACAAAUGGCACAGAGGCUGUUCAGAGUAUGUUCCCCAAAGCAUCAUCCAAUGAUAAGCACACAGAUUCUUCAUCAGUUACCAUCUCAGUUGCCAGCAAAAGUCCUACAGAUGGUUCACCUCACAAUCCACCUAAAUCCUAUGAUGCCAAUCAGUCCAAUGAGGACAACAUGGGAUUUGUAUCUCAACAAAUUUCCGCAAACUCUCCACUCAAACAACAAAGCUCUGACACUCCUUUAGUAAAUCGUGAGACCGUGCUUCCUACUCCUCUUCGUGAUGCUCUGCCUAACUUACUCACAAAGGUGCCUGAGACCUCAUAUGCAGAAAGGUUAUUCCAGGGUUCCAGUUUAGGUUUUGCCCCUGAAACACCGCUUGUUCUUGAGAGUUGUGACACAGGUCCACCUUUAACUGAGAUGGUUCCUUUGUUACAGGGUACACCGCUUGAGACCCAGCAGUCUGAAGCUUGUAAACCCCUGAAUUCAGAGCCUGACAGCAGCCACUUUGUAACGUCAACUGAGGGGUCUACUGUGUUAAUGAACCACUUAACAGCUAAUACAAUGGAACCGUCACUAGCAGACGCUGCUGAUAGUAGUGAGGGCGCCUUGCUGGAUCUUCUUCAGCCCUCCCCUUUAAUGUCUACAGAUCUACAAAACCCCUCUCAAAGCGUUGUAGGCUCAUUGCGUAUGUAUUCCUGUCUACCAGGUUUCAGUCAGCCUCCACUAACAAGUAUUACACUUCAGCCAGUAACAUCCUCACAAGAGUCAACAACCUUGCCAUCCAUGGAGCCUACUAAACUAACCACCCUCACCCCCGUUGGAGAUGUGACACAAACACUGCUAAAUGUUGCCCCUCAAAAUGAUCCAGUGCUGUCAGCUACAUCAGGCAAUUGUGCCCCAGCAGGAACUUUUGGAACUGUUUCUGUACCUAUCUACUCAACACAAACACAGCCGUUGGGUUCUACAGCUGUCACCAUUGUUUCUUCUUCUGCGUCAAUACCAUCUCUUUCAGGGCUUUCAACACAGUGUUCAACUGCUCCGUCAGCAGUCCAAACCACCUCAGCCCCUGUGAUCUUAAACGGUUACAGCUCUUCAUCUGUGCAGAAGGAAGCUGCAUCUGGUCACACAAUCUCCAUCAACUUUUCUACUCCCAGGCCAGCUUUAGAACCUCAACAACCAGUGGUACCCCAGGCAUUACCUGGUCAUGCCAUUCUUACUGUGAAAGAGGUGGGGGGUCCAAAUGUGGAUCCUACACCACAUGUCCUGCUGGUGAACCGCCUUGGGCAGAUCUUUGUGAAGAAUCCAGAAAGUAACACUUUCCAGCUGCCCACUCCCAACUCCCCUUCCUAUAACUGUGUCACUCAGAUUGCAAGCCUUUUGCAAAGCAACGCGCUGUCAGCCACACUAGCAGCAGCUGGUAAUAUGACUGCUCCAACCCCCGGGGCUAACGUGGCAACAGCAGUUCCUCCGUCAAUUACACCUGCAGUUCAGAAUCCAACCACAAUUACACAGCUGCUCACUCACAAUAGCAACGGUGCAGUGGCAUCAGUUAAUGUGAAGAAGCCAAGGAAGAAUGCAAAAACAUCAAAAGAUGAAACUGUCCCAGAAUUGAAAAAACCAAAGAAGAAGAAGGAGUCCAAUGCAUCCAAAAAACCCAAGUCAUCCAAGGCCUCAGGGCAAUCUGCUCAGUCAACUGAGAAUCCUCCCAUGACUCCUGCUGAAAGUGCCCAAGCAAUUAUUAAUCAAGCAAUGGCAAGUAACUACACCCCCAAGUGGACUGGGCUUCAAACACUAAACCCGUCCUCACUGGUUUUGCCACCUGGCUUAUUAAUUGAACCAGAGCCACCAGUGAUGCCUCGCUCUCCAUCACCAACACCAACACCAGCACCGGCAGAAGCUCCUACACCCCGCCCUCGCACCCACGUCCGCAUGAAAAGAGUGUCUUCGCUUUCAGACCGUAUUGUCACGAAGAAGUCUAAGGUUGACUUCCUGCAACCAGAACCCAUCAAUGACGAUGAGGAGCGGCGCAGACCUACCUUUCCAAGCAUCUCCAGCAGGGCUUCGGGGGUCCGCAUCAAGACCCCAACAGUGAAAGGAGUACUGAACCUGGAUGAGUUAAAGGAGGAGCAUAUAAGUGAUUCUGAUAGCACAGGUUCAGAGCCUUGGGAUUACAUGUCUCGGGGUGAACAAGGCAAGCAGCAUGCUUGGGAACCAGUUGGACACAGCACCCUGACUGACUGGAAGAAAUACUCUGGCGCUGCUUCUACCUCAGAUGAUGAGGCACUGCCGUCCGACGAGGAUGAGGAAUGUCCAACUAACAGAGACCAGCCACAUUUACGAUUUGAGAUAACCAGUGAUGAUGGUUUCAGCGUAGAGGCGGACAGCAUCGAGGUGGCUUGGAAAGCAGUGAUAGAUGGUGUGCAGGAGGCACGAGCGAUUGCAAGGCUGAGACCUCUUACCUUUCAGAAGAUCACUGGUGCCCGUAUGCUGGGUCUGGUCCAUGAUGCAGUGGUGUUCUUGCUGGAGCAACUUCAAGGAGCUCACCGUUGUCAACGCCAUACCUUCCGUUUCUUCAAACUGUGCAGCCAAGAGGAUGACCUGCCUGUCAAUCCCAGUGGCUGUGCCCGCUCUGAGCUCUAUCUUAGGAAGUCCACGUUUGAUAUGUUUAACUUCCUGGCUUCUCAGCAUAGGCAGCUUCCUGACAUUGGGCCUUAUGAUGAUGAAGAAGAUGAGGUUCUUUUGAAGUCCACAAGACGGGCUACUAGUUUGGAGUUACCCAUGGCCAUGCGUUUCAGACAUCUAGAACGAACAUCCAAGGAGGCUGUAGGUGUCUACAGGUCCGCUAUCCAUGGCCGUGGUCUUUUCUGCAAGAGGAACAUUGAGGCAGGGGAGAUGGUUAUUGAAUAUGCAGGCAUCGUCAUCCGCUCCGUGCUCACUGACAAAAGGGAGAAGUACUAUGAUGGCAAGGGAAUUGGCUGUUACAUGUUCCGCAUUGAUGACUUCGAUGUGGUGGAUGCAACCAUGCAUGGCAAUGCAGCAAGAUUCAUCAACCACUCCUGUGAACCUAACUGCUACUCACGAGUGAUCAACGUGGAAGGCCGUAAGCAUAUCGUCAUCUUUGCUCUUAGGAAGAUCUACAGGGGAGAGGAGCUCACCUAUGACUACAAAUUCCCCAUUGAAGAUGCCAGCAACAAACUCAACUGCAACUGCGGGGCCCGGCGAUGCCGGCGUUUCCUCAAUUGAGAGAUCCCUUGAAUGAAAGGGGAAGGAUCCUGUUUACUAGUAAGCCUUAAAGUAAGGUGGCACUGGAUAGGACUUGGGGAGGAGGUGGGCAGUCCACAUAACAAGUGAAUUAGCCACUAUGAGACCAAUCAAUAACAUUUGGCUAGUUAGAAGUGAUAUGUGGACAUUUUAUGAAUUGGACAGUAAGAGGAAGAGAACCUGCACAGAAAAUUACUCAACUUUUGAAGAGUUUGUGUUCACAAGGUCCUUCUACCUGUGAGGAGUUCAGAUGUACAGCUGGCACAGCAAAGUCACCACAGCGGUAAAUAUUGUGGGUGGCUCCUGGAUCUAUACUGACAACACCAACAGAAUUUCUUUGAUACACACAUCAAGCCUUAUCUGUUUGAAUCAUUGCUGAAAACCUAUAGCUAGCAUUUGAGGGAUUCCUAAUAUGUUUUAUUCAUUUAUGGGGGGUAUGUCUGUCUAAAAACACUUGUAAUCAUGAUUGCUCCAUCCUGCAGUGAUGGGAACAUUACAGCCCCAUGCAGUGGUAAAGUUAGUUCUUGAGCCAUACAUUGACCCAAACCUUUAUGUGUGCAUUUUAUCUAACGUUUAACACUUCUCACUUUGUUAAUAUUUUUUCUUUUUAGACUUAUUUUUUCGUGAAUAACAAAACAACCAUGGUGCUAAGCUUUGAAAGGUCUUUAACGUCUUUAGUUGGACUAAGAUGUCCUGCAAAUCAGGAAUUGUUGAGCUGUUUAUUCACCCUGCUGAGAUCAUGUAUCUUAAAUUUAUGCACUCAAGCAGUACUCUUACCGUCAUUGGAAUAUAGUGUCUGAUAGGUUUCACACUUUAGGUCUGCUGUUUUUUCCUGUCUCUCUUUCUCUUCUUGUGUGGAGUUAAUAAUAGAUUAUUGCAAUUUAACUAUUUCAGUCAGUAGUGUCAUAUGAUGACAGAAACAAGACACUUUUUCUGUCUUGAUGUACAGUGUAUGUAGCAAACACUAUCCAAGCCAAAAGUGAAGAGUUGUGGUGAAUAUCAGUUUUUUAAAUAUAUAUUUUAUUACUCUCAUGGCAGAUGCUCAUUACCUAUUGCAAUAAGACUUUGCUGCCCUAGAGUUGCACAUAAAUAACCAUCAAACAUUCAAAUUCUCUUCAUCAUUGUCAAACUUGCUACAGUUUAUCUCUUAAUCAGGGAGGGCACUGGUAAAAAGCAUCGCCACUGAGUGUGUGCAUUCAGCUCCUGCACCGGGCUUGUGAAGAACAAGGUGCACAGACUUUCUAGAUGUUGCUGUUGCAAAAAAAAAAAAAAAAAAAAAAAAA